AUGAAUGUACUUUGUAACGCUUUUGACCUUUGCUUUCUUGACGGUUUGUACACUUGUCGAUUCCGCAGUGGACACACAAACCUUUCCAAUACCACUACACAAUGUGAACAUUUUGAAAUCAGAGCUAACAAGGACUGCCCCAAUGGAUUCUUCUCAAGAUCUCGGGGGAUAUGCAAGAACAUGACAGUUCUGUCGAACAUCGCAUUAGGUAAACCUGCCACACAGUCAACAACGUAUUAUAAUGCCUCGUAUGCAGUGGAUGGCAACAGAGGAACAGAUAGUUUUGUAGACAAGUGUACAGUCACACGGAAAGGCGACAGCAAUCCGUGGUGGAGGGUGGAUCUGCAGGCUGUGUACAACAUCACAUCUGUCAGAAUAAUCAGUAGAGGGGGUAAGUAUUGGUCAAACCGACUGCGGGGUGUCACCGUCACUGUAGGACUGACAGAAUCUGAUGUCAACAUUCCCUGUGGUUUCUUUACUGGUCCCGGUACCGCGUCACAGCUGGUCGUCAUCGACUGUCCGACAUUACCACAGGGGAGAUUCGUUAAGAUCUCAAAGACAACUGAGACUCUCAUUCUUUGUGAAGUUGAUGUGUUUGGCGUCCCUGUCUGAUAUUCAUUAAAGCCGAUGACUAAGCUGAAAUGUUGCCGACUUCAGAUACAUGUAUAUUUUUUUUGCAUCUUGAGGAAAUGAUUAUCUGGUCUUAUUUAAUGUGACUUUACAAAUCGCUUCAAGUUAAAAUUCUACAUAUGUUGCCCUAUUUAUCCCUAAAUAUGUUUUUGCUUUUAAUGUUACAUGUCUUACUUUUAUUUAUAAUGCUUCUUACAUUGGAUAUAACUGUAAAGCUUUUUAAUGUACCUUUAUAC